AUGUGGGAGAGUGGUCAGAUGUGGGAGAGUGGUCAGAUGUGGGAGAGGGAGUCAGAUGUGGGAGAGGGAUCAGAUGUGGGAGAGGGAUCAGAUGUGGGAGAGGGAUCAGAUGUGAGAGAGGAGUCAGAUGUGGGAGAGGGGUCAGAUGUGGGAGAGGGGUCAGAUGUGGGAGAGGGAUCAGAUGUGGGAGAGGGAUCAGAUGUGGGAGAGGGAUCAGAUGUGGGAGAGGAGUCAGAUGUGGGAGAGGAGUCAGAUGUGAGAGAGGGAUCAGAUGUGGGAGAGGAGUCAGAUGUGGGAGAGGAGUCAGAUGUGAGAGAGGGAUCAGAUGUGGGAGAGGGAUCAGAUGUGGGAGAGGAGUCAGAUGUGGGAGAGGAGUCAGAUGUGAGAGAGAGGUUAGAUGUGGCAGAGGGGUAA